AUGGCUCACUUUUCUCCCAAGCCUGCCACCAAUUCAUCUGAGCUGCCUGACCCACCGUCAGGCUAUGACGGGCCUUGCAUUGCCUCGGGCGACGCUCAGUAUUCAGCAUCGCCUAGCCAAAAUCGCUCGAGCAUUGUGAAACUAUCGAUGCUCUACUACGACACCGUAACCUCAGAUACCGAAGCCUACGAGCGCGCCAUGCAGUCCCACGUCCCCCACGACGUACAGUUCGGCUACGACCACUUCAUCCUCCGCCGCGGUCUCGUGGCUGGCCUCUGGACCAAACAAGCCCAGAUCCUUCAAUUCCUGAUCCAAGAACUCGCCAAGGCCCCCGACCAACGUUACGAAUGGAUCUUCUGGCACGACGCCGACUCAGUCCUCGUCAACCACAACAUCCCACUGGAAAUUUUCCUCCCACCGCCCGGCUGGGAGCACAUCAACUGGCUCGUCUCCAAUGACCUCAGCGGCCUCAACGCCGGCGUCUACCUCGUGCGCGUCUGCGAAUGGGCUGUGCACUUCUUCGCCGCCAGCCUCUCCUACCCGCUCUACCACGCCGACAAACACCUCCUGCACGACGAGCAAUCGGCGCAGGACCUCCUGCUGCGCGAGGCCCGCUGGCGCAACGCCACCAUGCACCUCCCCCAGCGCUGGUUCAACGCCUACCACAACUUCGGCACCGACAAGGACGUGCCGCCCGAGUGGCGCUGGGAGAACGGCUACGCCGAGCCCGGCGACAUGCUCGUCCACUUCCCCGGCACCGUGCCCGAGUUCCGCGCCCACGUCAUGGACGAGUGGCUGCAGAAGAAGCGCGAGCGGGCCGACGAGUAUUGUCCGCCGCUGGACCGCACGAGCUACGUCCAGGAUGUCGCGAGCUUUUGGGCUGACGAGGCGCCGCGAGAGGAAGAGGUGCAGGCGGCGUUCUGGCGGCACUAUCAUCUCAUGUCGACGGUGGCGCCGGCGCAGGAUCGGUUGAAGGAGCAGGAGCAGAAGGCGGCGAGGGAGCGGUUGGGUGAGGGUGCGUCGAGGGAGGUGGUGAGGCAGGAGAUGCAGAGGAUCACUGAGAGGUGGAACGAGAAAAAGAUUGAGGCGCUACGGGAGGCCGACGAGGCGGCCCUGGCAGAUGGGAAGGUCUAUCUCAACGACCCAUGA